AUGGUUUUAAAAAGCCGCCCGAAACCCUUUUGUCCAAAAAUAAGGCGCUUACAUCGGAGAUCCUUUAUCAAAUCUUCGCAGACAUACAUACGUACGUCUGCUCCUGAGAGCUUGGCGGUUAUAUAGUCAGCCAAGCAUCCCCUCCUGAAGAGGGUGCCUGAUCGAUCCGGCACAUUCCAACGUCCCUUUUCUUUCUGCUUUUCUUAACAGAGACCUUUACUCCCCUUACUCUAAGUCCCUUCCAUCAUCUGAUUCUGCCACCUCCUAAGCUAUGUCGGCGCAACUUGCAAAUCUAGUGGGCAAGAAGAUUCUCGCAGAAUCCGCCCGGAAUCAUUUUGGACAAGAGGACCCCUAUUUCGAAGAGGUUCCCGCGUCACGCUUGAAUCGCGCCUUCGGGAAGAAAACACAAAAGCGACGCAAAGCAGUCCCUCCCGGCCUGUCGCAGAACGACAGCAAGGUUCUGACGCAAGUGAAAAGAAGAGCAUAUCGCUUGGACUUAUGUCUCUUUAGCCUGUGUGGAAUCCGAUUUGGAUGGGGAAGUGUUAUAGGUCUAUUCCCAUUUAUUGGAGAUGGAGCAGACGCAGCAUUGGCUUUGAUGGUGGUGCACACCUGUGACAAAAUCGACGGGGGCCUCCCAUCGCGGCUGCGAAUGAUGAUGCUCAUGAAUAUCGUGAUCGACUUCUUUAUCGGCCUGGUUCCUUUCAUUGGUGACGUUGCUGAUGCCGUGUACAAAUGCAACACGCGGAAUGCCGUGCUUCUGGAAAAGCAUUUGCGGGAAAAAGGGGCCAAGGCGCUUGCCAAACAAGAGAGGAGGCAGGAUACAGCGGAUAUGAGCUUGCCGGACGAGUUCGACCGCUAUGACGACGAUACUUCGGGUGAGCCAUCUAGCCACAAAGGCCAGCCACACAGUAGGAACACUGAUGGACCAGCGAAGCCUCAAGCAGCACGGGAUCCCAAGAAAAGCCGCUCACAAGGCAGAUGGUUCGGAGGAAGAGGGGCCCAACCAGAGGAUGACCUUGAGACUGGAGUGAUCGAUAACUCCCGGCCCUCUCGGCGGCAUUGAUGAUGUCACAGAUAGAUGCAUUCAGGACAGUCAAAAUAAUAAUGCCUACCCACAAACGCGGUAU